UUUUGAUUGACGUCGAUUUGUUUUUAUAAAAAAUUAAUUAAUAAAAAAGAAACAUCACCACAGUUUUCUAAGAGUAAUUGUAUGGGGCUUUAUAUUUUAAAAAUAUUUUAUUAAAAAUGACAAAAUUAUUAAUAAUAACACUGUUAACAUGGUUUCAAUUCACUGCAUACGCAGAUGAAAUAAACACAGAUACAGAAUGGAAGGGAAUAUGGUUCCCAAGAAAUCCAUAUGAUGAAAAUUUAAGCCUUAGCGAUUGUCAAAGCAUUUGUGAUAAUGGACAUAAUUGUCUGCAAACAGAUUUAGAUGAAAAUAAACACAAAGCCUUAUGGACAUGUGAAGAUAAUCGAACUUUUUAUGAAGGAAGAUUUGAUUUAAAUCCUUUAUAUACAGAAUUUGAUAUACCCGUUGCUUAUGUGCCUCAAGCUCUUUGUAUGAAUGAGUCAAUAUAUUAUGGUGAAGAACUAACUGCUUUUGGAAAUUAUAGGCCAGUAUGGGCUAGUUACGGGGAAUAUACAUAUUUACCACAGCAACGAUAUAUGCAUAAUUUGGAUUUUGGAGCUGUUGUUGCAUUAUAUCAUCCAUGUGCAAAUCGAAUGCAAAUAAAAAGUUUCAAAUCUAUUGUUGCCAGUUGUUUAUUUAGGCAUUUAAUAUCGCCAUCAAGAAUGUUGACAAAAGAAAGGCCAUUUGCACUUUUAGUAUGGGGUAAAAGUUUAGAGAUGCCAAUUGUUGAACCUUUUAUAAUUAGAGAUUUUAUUAAAAAAGAAGCUAUUAAAACACCCAAAAAUAUUUAUAGUGAUGGAAAUUACCAAAGAUUAUUAAUUAAGCCCGCUAAUUUGGUGACAGAUGAGAAAGAUUCUGAAUUAUGUCCAAUUGAUUAAGAUGUAAAGCUUCCUAUAUACAUAUUAUAUUUGCUCCAUUGAUUUCUUCAAAAUUACAUAUUGGCGAAUCACAAUAUCGGCACUGUUUAUAUUCAGGAUCUUUACAUUGUUUUAAUUCUUCAUCAUUUAAACUGGAUGCACAUCCACGUGUUGCUACACCA